AAAACUUAUGCAAGUACACAGCGGUAGAUGGUCUGAAUUAUCCUGCCAUAUACUAAAUAAUGAGUACACGACAGGAAUUUAAAUUUGAUGACGGACAAAUUAAAUACGACUCUUUAAGCGAAGAUGCCAGGAAACAUCUUUUGCUUUGCAACAAACCUAGGAAAAAUGUGUAUCUCGUACUACUUCUAAGUGUUGCAUUAAUUCAAUUUGGUAUCAUCUGCAUUUUAAUUGUGCGGUCUACACAAUGUCAGAGUUCUGACCAGGAUAUAGCCGGCUCGAGUCAGCAGAUGUCAGCUCAGCAUGUUGCUCAGAAAAGCACUGUUAUUGAACCUGAACCUAUAAAUUCUCUGUGCUUCCCGUGUGCAGAGAUCGGUAGAAACAUUACAGAGAAUGACUUCGGCGAUAUCAUAAAACUGGACAAGAAAACAAACAUGUGUUGCAUGCAAGACGUGGGCAAUCUGAAGAAACUGUUCUUGUUGAUAGUCAACGAAUAUUACAGAAACGUGAAGAAUAUUUCAACCAAUACAGAUACGAAUUCAGAAGCAAAUGACGAAGAAAAAGAUUCGGACGAAGCUGUUGGACCGGUUGCUGGUUAUGUUGGAGGUUCAGAACAGACGACAAAGGCCCCGUCCAAGCCUAAGCCACUAUCAUUUUGGAAAAAGAGAGAAAUUGCUGCGCACUUGUUCCUUGACAACGACAUUCUGAAACACUCCAAUGAAACUGCUCCCAGGAUUCCUUGGGAUGGACGUGACUACCACAACUUGUCAAUGACUAGUCACCUGUUGACUUACGACCCGGAAAAACGGAGCAUCAAAGUCAUUGAACACGGUCUGUACUUCAUCUACUCUUCAGUGACAUUACAAGCACCUGCAUCGGAUCUGAAUGCUCAAGUGUACCAUAUGCUAUUACGUGAGCAUUACUUGCUUCCGGAAACCGGAGCAACCAUUAUGAUGAUGAAUAAAUACGGUGGAGGAAAGCAGUCAAGUGGCUUCUACACCAGCUUCUUGUGUGGCACAUUCAAACUCCGCAGAGGUGAUGAACUGUUCGUCAAGGUGUCCAACAGUUCUUUCAUGUAUCACCUGUAUUAUUCGAACUAUUUUGGCUUGUACAGGCUGUCCAGUUUUUAA